CUUUUCCGUUUAUAAAUACACACAAAGUGUCGGCUUUAUAAGUCUCUCUCUUCUUUCUCGCUCUAGCUUUUCUCUCUCCGCCUUCGCAACUCAGGCCAGCUCUUUCUCUCUCUCUCUUCCAUGGCGGCCUCUCAAGCAAGCCUUCUCCUCCAGAAACAGCUCAAAGAUCUUUGCAAGAACCCUGUGGAUGGGUUCUCGGCGGGGCUGGUCGAUGAGAACAAUAUCUUUGAGUGGAGCGUCACAAUUAUUGGACCUCCCGAUACGCUAUAUGAGGGAGGAUUUUUCAACGCCAUCAUGAGUUUUCCUUCUAAUUACCCGAACAGCCCUCCAACAGUGAAGUUUACUUCGGAGUUAUGGCAUCCAAAUGUUUAUCCUGACGGGCGUGUUUGCAUUUCCAUUCUGCAUCCACCUGGUGAUGAUCCAAAUGGUUAUGAGCUUGCAAGUGAGCGUUGGACACCUGUGCAUACGGUUGAAAGCAUAGUUUUGAGUAUAAUAUCAAUGCUAUCCAGUCCAAAUGACGAAUCUCCUGCAAAUGUUGAAGCUGCUAAGGAAUGGAGAGAUCGGAGAGAUGAUUUCAAGAAGAAGGUCGGCCGUUGCGUGAGAAAGUCACAAGAGAUGUUGUGAAAUAUGAUCCACUGCCAAGCGUUUUCUCAAUUACUCUGCUCAGGUGUGUCGGAGGAUGUGUUAAAUUGACAAAGCGUGGGUCCUUGUAGAAUGCCAUUGAUUUUCUUCCUCACUUAAAUUUCUUUAUUUCUUUUUGUUUUCUCUUUCUCAAUGUCUAGUAAUUGUUAAAACAUUUAACAGCUUUGUAUUGAAUUAGUAUUGCCUAUUUGGUGACAAAAUGUACUUGCCUGCUGCCUAG